AUGACCUCGCCGGGGGGAGAGAUUUUGUUGGACCUCCUGAUUCACUUCUCCGACUUAUGCAUCGGCGGCACCUUCGUCGUCGUCUUUCUCAGGCUGCGAAAGAGCAGAUCAGCAGCAGGAUUGUCCUUGCAGACCCUGGCGACUGUAGUUGGCGCCAGAGUCCUGCACUUGUUGAGCCACUACAUUGGGCUGCACUAUCGCCCGAAUGUGCUUCCAUGGCUCCUAUAUCCGUUUAUUGACGUAGUCAGCGCAUGCAUAGGCUGCGCUUUGCUUGCGUCCUUUUGUUUGUAUUACUAUCCCAGCUACGAGAAGGAUAAGGACAAUUUCGGAAUCCACAUCUUCGAACGGCUUGACCUCCUGCCGAAGAACAGCCCCCUGAAGUCAAGCCCCAUGGUGGCCGCAAGCUUCCUCUAUGCUGUAGUGGCAGUGCUGGCGUUGAUGUGGUACUUCGUCAGAAGAUCUCAACAUGGCUUCUGGGUCAGUUACUUCUGUUGCUACUAUGAAGCGAUGGGAGCAGUAGCGCUGAUACCUCAGCUGUGGAUGUUCCAUCAAGACAAGCGGGUGUCGCCCUUGUUAUCGUACUUCGUGGUGCUCACAGCGUUGAACCGGUUCUUCACUCUUUGCUUCUGGAUAUGCUACCCGCGCGUCUUCCUGUGGAGAUACCCAGACAAUCGCGGAGUUCAAAUGGUGUCAGAGACGCUGAACCUCUUGAUUCUCUCGGACUUCCUCUUCUACUGGGCCCGCUCCAAGAUUCGAGGGGAUGCCGAAGUCAUCAUAGGUGACAGCUCGCAGAUGGUGUGA